CUUCGUCUUUUCUUCGUUUCAUUACCCGAAUACACGAUCGGUGUGGAAAAUCUCAGAAAAGAAAUAGUCUAUUUGCAUAGAUGUAUCUAUCAAGAAAAUAACACACACGAAUAAUAGUACAUUUCAAAGUAGAUUUUCGAAGAAUAAUAUUUGUGAUAUCGUCAUUCUUCUCCAUGUUUCGAUGCGUAAGAUCGGUCAAUGAUGGUUUCUAGUCGAUUCAUAUAUUAUAAAAACACAAAAACGAUAUCCUCAAAAUUAGAAAAAGACUGACAAAGAUUUCACAUUAUCUCGAUUUAUGUUCGCGACACAGAAAACCCUUUGAUCUUCUCAAUGUAAAGGUGUAUUUGAAAAAAGGGAACGGGUCUCGUCUAUAAAAAAAAUCUUGCAGCACUAAACCUUCAGAUAACGAUUAUGCAGGUGUAUGCAAAUGUUGGCAGGAGAACGGACGCGAAGUUGGUGGUACUCGCGUAACAAUUAAUUCGCCGGUCUUUGCUCGACUGCCCCGUGAAAUAAUCGGCUGUUACAUGAUCGUUACGCCGUGCGGAACUUCCUUGGCCGACGGAAUUAUACACAGGUAUAUACACGGUCGUUGAUCCUCCGGCAAUGGAAGCCGAUUCCAACGUUCUCCAUUCUCGUUAACGGCCCGUUGAUUUACUAUUUCUUCGCUAUUUUUGCGCGUUGGUGGCCGAUAAACGUCAUUUGCGACGUCCCAUUAUGUACGCGAGAAAGAAGAAAAGACGAUGCUGCUCGGAAAGCGCCGCUUAAUUGAAACGUUACGCAACGGAUGCUAAUUAAAAGUGACGUACGUCGGUUUAAGGCUGUGCCUCAUCUCCGCUAAAUCGUUAUUUAUAACGUCGAUCAUGGGAGAUGUUUCGCCUGGGCCACGUUAAACGAGCCUCAUUAGGCUACCAAGCGUUAAGUUGCCACGAAAUUGAGGCGAACCCGAUUGGGGAGAGACGACAUCUUCUUCGCUCGCAAUUGUCGAGCGUAUCGUUGGCCCGCAGAGCUAAUUGAUCGAGUAAUCGGUGACCAACAGCGAGGAUCGGAACGCGUGCACACACAUUGCAAGAUUAAUCGCAUCUAUCAGGGGAGAAGUUCAGUUUUGAAGAAUCGGAGUAGUUUCUUCCUUUCUCUUCUUUUCCGUCGUUUCUUUUUCGUUCGUUGUCGAUUUAGCGGAUCUCCGAUAAUUCGAUAUUUUAUCCUGUUUUUUUUUUUUUUUUUUUUAUUAUAUCAGUUAUUUUCAAUCCCGACGUCUUAAUAGUUGGUAAAAGCAACUUUAGAUGAGAGCUUCGUAAUACUUUAAUGUUCCCUGCCUCAUGCUCCUACCACAUUUUCGAUUCCCGAUUGCAAUUAGAUAGAGUGCACGAUGCAUACAAAUGUAGCUGGAAAAUCGUCGAUCAUGUCACGUGGCCUUGCAUUCGUAUCUCACGUGUAAGUUCUCACCGGUGUCAAGGUUAUAAACGGAUCUUCUGCAACGAUGUUCGCACAUAUGCAGUAAUAUUCACCUCGAGAUUCAUACUAAUAUUCACUCUAUUCACAUUUAUAUUUCCAUUAUCAUAGCCGUCCCGUAGAGACCAGCAAAAUUUCCAUACGAAUUUCUAUUCAAGACUCAUCCACGUCGCAAAAAGGUAGGUGGGACGAUAAACUGCUACCAAACCGUUCUUUCUGAAGCGUUUCUAAAACGGUUCUUAAGCAUUUUCCUCUAAUGUAUACGAGUAUGAGCCGUUUCAUAUAUUCUUUAUAUAUCCGUCCCAGUUCGAACAUCUCCAACUGAUUUCCCAUGAACGAUUUAAGCAACUUAAUUACCGGAAACCAUCUCGUUUGCUCUUCAACGUUCCUCGAUCGUACCUUACGACACUUCGUUCCAACGAUUCCCUUUAUGCUUGCACGCUUAACAUUUUUAUUCGAUACGAUCCCUCUUUUAACAAGCAAAAAGAAAGAAAAAAGAAGAUUGAAAUUCUGUUCCAUAAGAAAAAGUUGUGCUACCACCUCCAUCGGCAUCUUUCACAUCGAUGCACAUUGCAGGAGAAGUUCAGUUAGUCGUAGAUAGCUUCUGCGAUUCGUGGGAGAUAGAUUUGCAGAAAGUGCGCGAUAAGUUCUCGGGGAACGUUACACGUACGAAGUCCGCGGAUUGCAAAUCGCGCCUCCAUUGGUCUGUCCAUUAAUUCGAAACAAAGGGCCAUCGUAAAUCAACGCGCCGUCGAGACACGUGAGUCACAUUUCGGCCACGAGGUCGUUCGCGCUCGAUUCUUCAUGCUGGCCAGCUUGUUCUUUGGUGAUUCGAGGAAUGUCAUUGGACAUGAUGCAGAUUCUUCGGGGACCACCAACAUGGAGCGCGUACACGCGAUGCAUCGGCAUCGUCUGUUGCGGAUGGCGCUCAGACCAUCGCUAUUUCUGUGAGAGCGACAACGGAUUUUGGCGUCCUCCGCAUCUUGCUCGUCUGCAUGAAGGACUCGAGCUUCGGUGCCUCGAAAGGAUGAGGCGGCUCGACGACGGCCAUGUUCAACGACCGCCUCCGUUCAGGGUGCUCGCGGCAUCCGAUGGCAAUUACCUGUCACCGAACGCGAUUCCGCCACCGCCGCCGCGUGCACCCGAGCCGUAUAAGAUCGCGCCCUCCACCACAUCCUCCUCGAGGGCGCAUCGUCGAUCCAGCUUCGUUAUCAUCGCGGACUCGAGGCCCGUUUCCCCGGAGGCGAGGAGUCCAUCGCCGCCGUUGGCCACUGGCAGGGUCUCGCCCUUUCGGGGACGUGGCUUUAAAGGACCACUGCCGCGAUCUAAGUCCAGGCCGCAGUCUCCGGAAUUUACGAAUGGUCGUAGAAGAGGAAAAAACGAACGACGAGUUUCAGUGUCGCAACAGAACAGCCCAAGAAGAAGCCUGAUCCCGCAACCAACGCGUCAGCGUUCGACGUCUUUGAGCAAAUCAACGGAGCGCCUUGCCUCGCCGAAGCUGGGUCGUCGCGUGGAUUCGCGCACUCGCUUCAAUACGACGGAUUCCAGGAAUCGUUUGAACGCCUCUGGGAACAGUAGCAGCGUGACAAACCUCGCCACCCGUCGACAAGCCUCGAAAACAGUCAGCAAGCUCUCCCCGAUCCAAGGAACUCCGACGAAACCGGAUAAAACGCCACAAUUUAAGAAAAGGGAUCGUUCGAAGGAAUCCGCGAGAUUGUCGCCGGCGAAGCAGCAGAAAUUUGCCGCGUCUCCAUCGAGGAAUGCUUGGAACGCGAAGAAGCAAACGCACGAGAAGGUUUCCGUUCCAGGAAAAACGCAAGGCAAGGAACGAGUGGUAUCACCGUCGAAGAUUCCGCUGAAAACGAACAGAGCCAGCUCGAAUGUCUUGAAUCCAGCCAGAUUCAUCAACAUCCCUAAUCAAGCUAAUGGGAAAAAUAAAAAGGCUAUCGAUAAAGGGUCCAAGGAAGUUCGUAUAAGCAACGGGCAGACGAACGAGUCCACUCAAAGCAGUAAACAGUCUGACUCAGGAUCGAAAGGCUCUCAGGCUAACGAGAAGAAUUCGAGUACGGAACAGUUAGUUGAUCUGCAUCUUAUUGAUCUUUUAAAACAAACUUCUAGCGCUACAGGUACGUCUAGCGUGGUGAACACAACAGCGACGACGGCUGUUCAGCCGCUUCACAUCGACGUCAAUGCGGUUCUUAUGGAUAAAGAGAAUUCCGAAAGGAAAAGUCAGUCUGAGAAAACGAAAAGCCAGUCUGAAAAGACGAAGAGCCAGCAAGACCUGUCUAAUAGCAAAUCUUCCAAUUCAUCGAACGACGAAAACAUCGGCAAACAGGUCCAAAAUUCUCAAGUUGCUGGUAGCGAGGAUAAUCGUCAGAUCUCCAAAUCGAAUAAAUCUAAUGGCAACCAUGGUCGAACGAAGGGCGGAACAGAGAGUAGAAACGGUUCGCCAGUUCCUACCGAAAAUGUUAGCGGUCACUCGAAGAGUAACAGUACCAGUCAUUCGGUGAAAAGCAUAAACAGGGUGAUCAGUGCUACGAACAACACUGGUUCGGCGACGCAGCGUUCGAAUAAGAUUCAGAAUGCGGUGAACGAUCAGAAUACGAAGAAUUUUAGGCCGAACGAUCAGAAGAUCGACGAAUCUGUCUCCUUUCAACCCGCGUCAUCCAACGUCCAAUCGAAUUCAACUAAAGCCAACGAGAUUGAAUCGGUAAACAGUUCCAUCGGAAAUUCUUCGGGUGCAGAGACUCAAAGGACAGCAGUUUCCGUCGCGAGUGCUUCUGUGAGACAGGAAGACGCGAGGACGAUUUCGCGGUCCACUAAUAAUUCUGGAACGAAGAUCGUAACGAAUGCAACUACGGUAACCGUGAAAGGUACUUGCGUUUCCGUGAAAAGUACUUCUGACCAAUCGACGAUAGCCUCGAGGGCGAACAACGUGUCCAACGUGGUUGGUGCGGUGAGCAACGAUGCGAGAAAUGUAAAUAGCGCCGGGAUGAAAGCUCGUACUGAUAAUCACGGAAGUGGUACGUCCGUAAAAUCGUCCGCGAGGGUGUCGAUCGAUUCCAUCGAGACCGUUCGAUCUACGGACACUGGGGUGAGCGUGGACACCGUCAGAGGAGUAUCUUCGCCGAGGGAGAAAACUGGAAUGCACGUGGUGAAAAGGCCGCAGGAGAUCGAGACGUUAAGUGGGAACGUGGUAUACUUGGAGCAAAACGGCGAGCCAGCGGUACUGGCAGCGGCGAACGGCGUUGGCGAACGUGCCCCUGACAGGCUUCUUACGCGCUGGAAGAGGUCCCUGAGUCGUUGCUGCGAGUGUUGUCCAAGAAUGAGGUGCUUGGCGUGUCGUACGGACCCCAAGGGUCUUACCUGGCCCGGAAACCACGCCAGGAGCACUACGUUAGUGAACAGGAACGAGCAACCCCUGACAAGGGACAAUGUGCCUGCUGGCUGCUGGCCUAAAUUCAAGAAUAGAUGCAGAUGCAAACGACUGAAGGAAAUGAAAUGUUGCUCAAAAAGAUCGAGGGUCGCGCCGGCCGAGGCUACAGUCUGCUGUCCUCCGGAAAGAAGAUUCGGCGCUAUUUGCCGCCGUUUGUUCGGCAACUGCAAAUGCAAGCGGAACGCUGAUGCAGAACACGCAAGAAACAUACGUGCCAAGCACAGUCUUACCAGCGUAGCACCGCCCCCGUUAUCGGAGGAACCAAAAGCUAAAAUACCGGAUGUCCUGGUAGAGCACAAUUCCCUGAUGCGUGGCGCUAUUCCUUGUCUGCCAGUUCCUCUUGCUUGGUUUUGUCUCGUGUGGAACGUUCUACUGCCUGGCUCUGGCACGGUAUGGAGUGGGAUUUUCAAUUUGUGCGCCGGGCAACCGAGAUUCUCAGCUGUGGCUGGAGUGAAGUCGAGACUAGGCGCGUUCGUUGUGAACCUGAUGGUCGGGGUGGGUCAAUUAUUCACCGUUUUAUUCUGCCUAGUUGGGUGGGGCUGGAGCAUUUGGUGGGGCGUCACUUUGGUCCGUUUAGCGAGGAAGUACAAGAGGUUCAAGGCUUCCGAAGCAGCCAACAACGAUCCGGAAGCGAGGGGUGGAGAACCAGCGGCUCUGCCCCCCGGUGUACCGAGUCAUGUGUUGAGAGGGAUGGAACGGGCGCGAUAAUCGAAGUCCUCGCCACAGAUUCCGCGGCAACGUUUUUAUAUUUCGUCUUAGCGAUUCUUCACUACGUGCCUUCCCGAAAGCUGCGAACAGAAAACGAAACUUUUUUUCGCUUGGUGGACUCGUACGCUAAGGAUCCGUUUGAAACAAAAGAGAAGAAAAAAUAGAAAAGCGAAGAAUUUUUUCCACGGUCCAUAGAUUAUUGUACUUUUACGAAAUCGUAAGGAAUACAUCGGACGACGCAUGUAGCUCUGUAUCGCGUUAAAUGAAAUUCGAGGCAAUUUUCUCGUCGAAAAAUUAAUUCGCGAAAGGAGAAUAACAUUGGUACAGAAACAUAAAAAUGGAAAAGAAAACACAGAGAAGAAAUAAAAAACGACGUUACGUGGUUGUUCGCGAUCGAGGAACGAAACGAAGUUCUCGGAAAUUAAUCGCUUUCAGUGAAAGCAUACCUAUUCGUGGCGUUCUUUCAAAAUGUACUCGUUGCGUCGAACGGAAAUUGCUUUUUAUUUUCUCUCGUCCUUUCUUCCGUGCUCACAGCGGCGAUACAGCGUUUUUAGUCUUUUCUUUUUUCCUUUUUCUCCAUUUAUUGUAUUUUUAUUCCGAAAUGAGAACGUCGAACAAACGUUUCGCGGUAGAAAUCAAAGAAGAAAGACAAAGCAUGUGACCUUACUCUCUCUCUCUCUCUCUCUCUCUUUCUCUCCCUCUCUCUCAGCCUCGUUCAAAGGUAUUUUUCUUUCCUACGUCGAUGGAAUAAAUACGUUUUGAAAAAACGCACUUUAUAUUUUUACAAGCGCAACACAUAUUAUAUGUAUACAUACAUUCAUAUAUUCAACUAUCCGACUUAUUCAACUUACAACUAAAAAUCCUUGUAAAUAUGAAAAUAUAUUACUUACAUCGGUUUUUAAUCUAA